AUGAGGUUCAGCGGUAUUGCUGCGCUGCUCUUUAGCUCAUUCGUUUAUGCACAAACGGAUUAUCCCGAACUUCCAGUGGAUUACCUUCUCACUACUAGCCCAAUUACUCCCCUACCGCUAGGCUUCCCAUGGGGAGCGAAAACUGCGAGCAAUACAAACCCAUAUAGUAAUGUGAUUCGAGCCUAUGACUUCACCAUCCAGAGAGAGAGAAAAGCUCCCGACGGCUAUCUCAAAAACGUUCUCCUGAUAAAUGGACAAUUUCCAGGUCCUUUGAUCGAGGCAAAUUGGGGAGACACCAUUCAGGUUACAGUUCAUAAUCAGAUCACCGCACCCGACGAGGGCGUGGCACUUCAUUGGCAUGGCAUUCUGCAGAAACUGUCCCAAUGGAUGGAUGGUGUUCCUGGGGUUCAGCAGUGCCCCAUCCCUCCCGGAGGGAGCUUCACCUACUCUUUUAUCGCCGACCUAUAUGGAACAAGUUGGUAUCAUUCCCAUUACUCUGCCCAGUACGCUGGAGGGCUCAUCGGCCCAAUGAUCAUCCACGGCCCAACGAAUGUCCCGUAUGACAUCGAUAUAGGUCCAAUCAUGUUGACAGAUUAUUUCCACCGAGAUUACCUUUCUAUUGUUGCAGAUGUCGUAGGAACAGACGGGUCCAAAGUUGCUCCUCUAUCCGACAACAAUCUGAUCCAGGGAAGAAAUAAUUUCAACUGCUCUAAUGUCGCUGCUGGUGAUACAACGCCGUGCAGCAACAAUGCGGGCAUCACCAACUUCAGGUUUACUCCCGGGAAAGUACAUCGUUUACGCUUGAUAAACGCUGGUGCAGAGGGAAUGCAGAAAUUUAGUAUCGAUGGUCACAAUCUGACCGUCAUUGCCAAUGACUUCGUCCCAAUAGUUCCAUAUACUACUCAAGUCGUCACACUGGGAAUUGGCCAACGCACCGAUGUCUUGGUUACAGGCAUUCCGGGGGCAACUGGAUCAUACGCAAUGCGUUCAUCGAUCGCCGGGGGGGGCUGUUCACUCACCAGCCAGCCAGAUGCAGUCGCCAUUGUCUACUACAACCAUGCCGCAGUAGCACUAGGUACACCCAAUACUACUGCUUGGCCAGCAUGGACGGCUUCAGUCACGGGCCAAUGUGCAAACGACCCGCUCACAGAAACCGUACCCUGGUUCCCCAUCACCCCAGAUCCAGCUCCACCCGUAACCCAGAACAUCGAUAUCGAAUUUGGCCAGAACGCGUCAGGAAACUUUCUCUGGACGAUGAACAAGAGCUCUUUCCGAGCAAACUACAACCAGCCAAUCCUCCUCCUUUCCAACCUUGGCAACAAUUCGUACCCCGAUAGUCCGCAAUGGAACGUCUACAAUUUUGGCUCCAACUCCAGCAUCCGGAUCCACAUUACGAACCCCGGGUUUGCCGCACAUCCUAUCCAUUUGCACGGCCACAACAUGUUCGUUGAGAAUGUCGGGACUGGCACUUGGGAUGGCACGGUCGUUAACCCUUCGAAUCCUCAGCGCAGAGAUGUGCAGAUCGUGCCCGCGGGCGGCUUCCUUGUAUUACAGAUUACGGCCGAUAAUCCUGGUGCGUGGCCACUGCAUUGCCAUAUUGCAUGGCAUGUUUCUGGAGGUCUAUACGUCACUGUGUUGGAAAGGCCUGAUGAUAUUGCCAAGUUGCAGAUCCCAAGCAUCAUGGCGCAGACGUGCAGAGAUUGGGCAACUUUCACGGGUAAAGAGGUUGUGGAUCAGAUUGAUUCUGGGUUGUGAGCAUGGCUAUUGGGGGAGCAUGGUAUUUUGGGCUUGGGAGUAAGUAAUUCGAGGGUCUCUCAAUUGAACAUGGCAAUAUGCGAAACUUCCUUUCCAG